AUGUCGAGUCUGAGCAUUCCACCGGUGCCUACAUCGCCUCAACAGGACGCCAUCCAACUCCAUAAAGCUUUCAAAGGAUUUGGCUGCGACACUGCAAAGGUUGUCGAUAUCAUUGCCCAUCGUGAUGGAACUCAGCGCGCUCUCAUUCAGCACGAAUACAGAACCAUGUAUUCCACUGAGCUCACCAAACGUCUCUCUUCGGAGCUUAGUGGUGACCUUAAGAGAGCAGUUCUUCUUUGGAUGUAUGAUCCGGCUGGACGCGAUGCAACCAUAGUCAGGCAAGCAUUAAGUGAGGAUACCCUUGAUCUAAAAGCUGCAACUGAAGUAAUAUGUUCGCGCACCUCAACUCAGAUACAAGUAUUUAAACAAGCUUACCUUGCAAUAUUCGGUGCAUAUCUUGAGAAUGAUCUCAACUUUCACGCUACUGGUGAUCACUUAAAGUUGUUGCUUACUUAUGUGAGCAUAACACGCUACGAAGGCCCGGAGGUUGAUCCAGCAAUGGUAGAAAAAGAUGCCAAGGAUCUCUAUAAAGCUGGGGAAAAGAAAUGGGGAACAGAUGAGAAGACCUUCAUUCGCAUUUUCAGCGAACGGAGCAGGCCGCAUAUGGCUGCUGUUUCUGUUGCUUACAAUCAGAUGUAUGGCCACUCACUCAAAAAGGCAGUAAAGAGCGAGACAUCUGGGCUUUUUGAGGAGGCACUCCUGACUAUCCUAAGAUGCGCUGAGAAUCCCGCCAAGUACUUUGCUAAGGGGUUGCGCAAGGCGAUGAAAGGUAUGGGAACCAAUGAUACGAUGCUUAUAAGGAUAGUGGUAUCAAGGACCGAAAUCGAUAUGCAGUAUAUAAAGACCGAAUAUCAUAAGAAAUUCGGAAAGUCGUUGGGAGAUGCGAUACAUUCGGAGACAUCGGGCCAGUACCGGGCCUUUCUCCUUGCCCUUGUGGGUCACAAUCAGUAA